UUUCCUUUUCUUAAGAAGUUGUAGUGAACUCAGGAAGUCAUCCAACUGUGUCCACUAUUGCAAAAAGUCUCCUAUUGCUGUUGAUUUAUUUUUUUUUCUGUAUUCAACAGCGAUUGUCAUGUCACCGUUUGUAAAGUUGUUUUUUUUUUAGGUCACUUAGAAUAAUGUGUGCCUCUGAUGUCCCUUGUGAGUUUGACUUACAUCACAUGAUUUGGAUCAGGCUGCAGGGCAAACAACCGCAUGCUUUCACUUCUGCAUAAAUGGAUCCCGUUUCUUGUCACUGCACAACCUUGUACCUGUGCUCUCCCCAUCUGGAUUAAAGGCUGCUUUUUCUCCCGAUGUGAAGUUUAAGACGUAUGCUCCACCUGCUAUGGCUUUGGUGAAAAAUAUCCUCAUUCUUAGUCAACUUUUUCAACUAGUGAGGAGCAUAAAUAUCCAGUAUUUUCCAUGUGACGCUGAUGAGAAUGCCACCGCAGUCGACUGCCACGAAAGACCGCUCAAGCAUGUCCCUAGCAUCAAGAAUACGUCUGUAGUGUCACUUGAUUUAAGUUGGACAAAGAUACAGUACGUGGGAGAGCAUGCUUUUGCUGGUGUCCCAAAUCUUCAUACUCUGAAGAUGAUGGGCAACUGUCUACCAGGUAGAAAGAGAGACUUUGAAGACCGCACAUGCAAAGUGACGAUCAACGCCGGUGCUUUCAAGACACUGCUAAAGCUUAAAAAUCUGUAUCUGUCAGGAAACAGCCUCACCUCCAUACCGGGGUUACCUGAAAACCUGAAGGUUCUCGAUCUACAGAAUAAUUGCAUCUUCAGUAUUACCAAACCGUUAGGAACUCCAAAUCUUGAACAGCUCCUACUCAGCAAGAACUGCUUUUAUGCAAACCCGUGCAACCAGUCCUUCAAGAUCAGCGAGACCGUUUUCAGAAACCUCCCUAAACUCAAAAACCUUACAUUAGGGUAUAAUAAUUUUACAGCUGUCCCUAAAGGGCUGCCGCCCUCACUGAUGAGCCUGGAUUUAAGAGAAAACACAAUCACGGAGAUCUUAGAGGGGACAUUUGCGAACCUGCCUGUUCUCACUGAUUUGAAUUUGGAGUGGAAUUGCCAGCGUUGCGACCACGCAGCGAGGCCCUGCUUUCCUUGCCCAAAUAGUCACCCAUUACACCUACACCCAAACUCAUUCUAUGCUGAGAACAGCUCCAUCACCUACCUCAGCUUGAGGGGAAACUCUCUGAAAACAUUUCCAGAAGGCCUGUUCAGACCGUUGAAGAGUUUAAACAGUUUGGACCUCUCUGACAACCUCCUGGCUUAUGCUAUACGAAAUGGCACCUUCUUUGGAGAGCUGAAGGCCCUCAAAAGGAUUAGUCUUAUCUAUAACUAUGAACCACUGAGGACAUUCCCAGAACUGAUCCUCUCCCCACAUAUUAGUCAUAUAUCUGGAUUACAAUCUCUUCUUCUGAGCGGUAACUUUUUCCACACACUUUCAAAAGAAAGCGUUAUGGUUCUGUCCAAACUUCCAAACCUGGCAAAACUAGAACUGAGAAUGAACUUCAUUAAUACUUGUGACAUGAUGUCCCUGAAACAGUUACCAUCCCUCACCAAUAUUGACCUGUCACAAAACAUGAUAAGUUUUCUUCCAUGCUGCUCGAGUUUAUCAUCGGGGACCGCUGCACUGGAAAGCUGUCAGAACCAAAAGUUGCCUACAAACAAUUUUCGUGACCAACCCCCUAUCUUAAGAGAUCGAGAACUCACAUCUGGAAGUGACAUCUGGGAGUCCGAACAAUCAAACGUGCUGGAAAUGUUUGAAGACGAUGCAUCACAAAUUCCAUCAAUCUGGGACUUUAAAGAUCAUUUUUGCCGACACAAGCUGACACUGGACUUGUCUCAAAAUGACAUUCUGUCUCUUAGCAAAAAUGUGUUUCUGGGCAUGGAAAAUGCAGUUUGUUUAGAUCUUUCCUACAAUUAUAUGAGCCAGGCACUGAAGUCAGGUUUGUUUAUUGGCAUGAAAAGGUUAGUGUUCCUUAAUCUGUCGUAUAACAGGCUGGAUUUUUAUUAUAGAGAAGCUUUCAGUGAACUUAAAUCUACACUGAAGGUGUUAGACGUUAGCAACAAUGAGUUUCAUUUCAAAAUGAGGGGCAUGGGCCACCGUUUUGAGUUCCUUCAAUACCUGACUAACUUGGAAGUCCUGAGUAUGGCAAACAAUGGCAUUGGGAUGCGAAUCGACCAAAGGCUGAACAGCAGAUCUCUAAACUACCUCUACUUUAAUGGAAAUCACCUGGACAUCAUGUGGGAGUCUGAUAACAACAGGUACACUCACUUCUUCCAAAAUCUGACAAACCUCACUUUCCUGGAUAUAUCCAACAACGGUCUGAAAUCAGUCUCACGAGAAGUGCUGUGUAACUUCCCAAGAAGCCUUAAGGCCCUCAGCAUGAGCAACAACUUGCUGAGCUAUUUCCCAUGGCAAAACGUCUCAGCGCUCAGCGAUUUACGGCACCUGAACCUGAGCCAAAACUAUCUUUUUCGUUUGCCUUUUGUGGCAAUAGAAUUUGGGGCCAAUUUAUCUCUCUUGGACCUCAGUCACAAUCGCCUUAGUUAUAUUCCUGAGAAUUUUCUCAGUAAGACAAAGUCCCUGCAAUAUCUGUAUCUCAGUCACAACCAGAUCAAAGAGUUGAACCAUCAGCAUCUCCCUUCCCCUUUUAAAAAUGGAAGCGCCCUUCAGAAACUCACCCUCCGUGCCAACCCCUUUAAAUGUGACUGUGAUACGUCCUGGUUCGCUGACUUCCUGCGUACUACUCCGGUGAAAAUUCCUCAUCUGACCACACAUUUACGCUGUGAAUACCCAGAGUCUCAACAAGGCCGGAAUAUACUCUCCAUGGACCAGCGCUCCUGCCAGGACAUAUAUGGCGGCUUAGCCUUCCUCGUCUGCUCCUUCUUGGCUGUGGUUUUCACUGUUCUUCCCCUACUGAAGCAUCUCUAUGGCUGGGAUAUGUGGUAUUGCCUGCAGGUGCUCUGGGCAGGACACAAAGGCUACUCUCAGCUGGCUGGUAGCGAUUCACAUUAUCAAUACGAUGCCUUCGUGGUGUUUGACACCAGAAACCAGGCUGUGAGGGACUGGGUUUACAAAGAGUUAACUGUCAAUCUGGAGAAGUCGGGCCACCGGAGGUUUUGUCUCUGCUUGGAAGAAAGGGACUGGAUUCCUGGACUUUCAUGUAUUGACAAUCUGCACAACGCCGUCCACAGCAGUGUGAAGACAGUGUUUGUGCUGUCCAGGAGUAUGAAAGGAAGUGAGACGGUGAAUGGUGUCAUCCGCCAGGCUUUCUUCAUGGUUCAGCAGAGGCUUCUCGAUGAGAAGGUGGAUGCAGCCGUACUGGUUCUGUUGGAUGAGAUGUUUCCCAAACUGAAGUACCUUCAGCUGAGGAAGCGGUUGUGCAGGAAGUCUGUGUUGUCGUGGCCAAAAAACCCAAGGGCCCAACCCCUUUUCUGGAAUCGAAUGAGAAUGGCAUUGUCAUCGGAUAACCUUAAGUUUUACGACAACAACAUGAGUGAAAGUUUUAUUUGACCUCCCUUUAACUAACAACAGAGAGAACCGUGGUCACAAAAAAGACUUCCCUCUUCCAUUUAGCUCUUUUCACCAACCUGCCUAUCGGUGUCCAUAUAUAAGGUGAGAUGAUGCCACAUAUAUAAGGAUAGCUGAUUGAUGAUAAUGUUGUGUAAGUAUAUUGUAUAUUUGAUUUUUCAUGACUGUGUUCUGUUGUUACAUCUGACAGUUUGGUUGUUCUAGCGUGUUACUAAUGUAAUUUUGAAUUAAUUGAAUUUGAAUUUUAGAAUUUGAUGUUUUGGCUUCUUUAUGUAUCCAAGUUUAAGGUUAUAUAUAUCUAUAGAUUUUGUCUUUUUUAGCAAGUUAAGCUUUGUCUGAGGGAUGUUUUGCCGUUGUUAGCUACCAUGCUAAUCAAAGGACAAAUACCAGACUAUGCAAAUAAACAUGAAUUGAUGUCA